AUGGAUCAACAAAAAAUAAAUCAUCAAAAUGGUAAUGAUGAUGAUGGUGAUGAUGGAUUCGAUAUGGCAUGUCAUGUUGAUGCUGAUGAUGAUGAUGUUGAUGAUGUUAAUAGUACAUUCAUCACGAUCAAUACAAAUGUCAGUGAAUUGGAUCGUCUUAUUGAAGAAUCAUCGAUUGAAUUGCCUAAAUCAUUGAUUAUAACCAAUAUGGAUAGCCGUAUAUUUCAAGUUACAUCUGAACUAAGAGCUGAAUUUGAACAGGCAUUUCGUAGUUUGGAUUCGGAUGUAAAAUUUUUAUAUUUUAAAAGUUUUCGUCGUGCACGAUUAGAUUUUAGUGAUCAACAGGCUGCAACAAAAGCACGUAUUAUUAUGAAUCAGAUUAAAUUCGGUGAUGAACAGAUUAAUUGUUAUUUUGCUGAAAUUUCGGAUAAAAAUUCCAAUACAACUGAUCAUCUAUUGAAACCACCUGCAUUGGAGAAACAAUUUCUUAUAUCACCACCGGCAUCACCACCAGAAGGUUGGGAACCGGUUGAAGAAGCACAACCAAUAUUGAAUAUUGAUCUACAAUCAGCAUUAGCAAAUCUAGUACCUGGACAGGCACAUGAACUACAUCCACCUACAUGUAAUCAACCGGGCAUUGUUGUUCAUGUUUGUGGUCAAACCACUAAACAGGAUUCAUCAAAUAAUGAUGAUCAUGAUGAUGGUUUUUUCAAUGAUGAUUCAUCCAUAAAUAAUAAUCAUAAUCAUAAUCAUUCAAUAAUGAAAAUGAAAAUAGCACAAACACCAUGUCCACCACGUUUUCAACAACAAAAUCAAAAUUAAUUAUCAUUGUCAAAAUAAAUAAAUAAAUACCCGGUGACAGACAUAUAUUAUUCUCUAUAGUGAAACACAUACCAUUGAAUUAGAUUUGUUUUUUUAUUAAAAAUUUUGGUUUUUGUUUUUGUUUUACAUUUUCAAAUUCAAC